AAAUGAAGUUUCUAUUAUUAAGUUUAGUUGUUUUACAUCAAGUAAAUUCACAUCAACUUGAAUCUACAGCCAGAUUUUUAAGUUUGGUGGAUUCAUUAUACCCCCUUCAAUCUCCAGGAGUUUUAUUAAGUGGCUUAAUGGAGGAAAUGGGUCGAGCAAGAACAUCUUAUACUGAUAUGUUAAAGGGAGGACUUGACGCUAUGGAUAGAACCGGAGAGCUGGAUACCGGAUACGGAAACGGAAUUAUCGAACGUGUGUUGACUGCUGUGAUGUCAAUAUUUGGCAUUGAAGAGACUGCUAUGGGUCGGAUGGCUAUUGAUAUUCUAGCCUUCCUGGGGGAGAUGUUGGCAGACUACCUGGUCGGAUCUACACAGAAAAUAGAAGAUACAGUGUCUCAAUUCAGAUCCCUCGCCCAACAGGGGGUGAUGCCUUUCAUGGCUGAACUGGUUGACAAGGCUCAAAGACGAGGUCGGGAGAUACAGGAGGGAUUAUUAAAUGAAGAAUUAGUGGAUAAUAUGAUUGAAACUCUGAAGGAUAAUACAGGGAGCACUACCUCUUGUGUACAACUAUUCCUGUGCAAGAUGGCACCUUUCGUACAAAGUGUACAGAAGGCUGUAAACAGUACUUCAGAAGAAUUUGAGUACAGAAGUAUGUAUGGUAGCAGUGUAGCGAUGGUGGGAAGUAUAUGGGAGAAUGCGCCCAAUAUGGAGGAAUUCAGUCAGCUGGGUCACACGUGCCAAAACCGGUUUCCAUCAUGUCAGCUGCUCGAUUUUGGAAAUCAUUCAUAGAAAACAAACAAUAUGGAAACUUUAUGGAUUUAAUGCUGUAAUCAUUUUCUAAAACUCAAAUCUUGAAAAAUGAAAAAUUAAUUAUCUCUUCCUCAUCAAAAGUCACACGAAUUUGUUUUAAACUUUUGAAGAUAAAAAAAAAUCCUUUUGGGGUUAAUAUUAUAUAAUAUAUGAUAUUAUUGUAUUUAUAUCACUUUGUUUAAAUUGACUAUAGAAAAUUUACCAGCAAUGAAUCAUAUAAUAAUAAAAAUAAUUGACCUAAAAUGUCUUCCAACAUAUAUUGUAAAGUUAAAGUUGCAAUGAUUAUAUCAUGUGUCUAGUAUCUAGCUAGAUUUUAAAUUUAU